UAGCUGGCACUCAAACAGCAACAAGAAUCCAUUAAAGUAGAACAGAACACAGCCUUUGGUUCUCUUCUCUAGCAGCCGCAGUAUAUAUCCUUUCCACCCCAUUAAACACUACCUCUCAUCCCCAUCUCUCUAAUUGCUUUCACAGUUCCAUCUUGCUACUAUAGACAUGAAUUCCUCCACCUUAUCAUCAACCGAUAAGCAACAAAAUGGGAAAUUUGUACCAAAUGAUCAUAACGUACUGCAGAAGCAUGUCUUCUUCUUUGAUAGGAAUCAAGAUGGCAUUGUUUAUCCCUGGGAGACGUUUCAAGGUUUUCGUUCAAUUGGGUGUAGUAUCUUGUUAUCCACUGCCAGUGCCUUUCUGAUCAAUAUCGCUCUCAGCCAGAAAACUCGCCCUGGGAAGUUUCCUUCUCUUUUGUUCCCUAUCGAGGUUAAGAACAUCCAGCGAGCCAAGCAUGGGAGUGAUUCUGGUGUCUAUGACAGUGAAGGAAGGUUUGUUCCUGCAAAAUUUGAAGAAAUCUUCAGCAAACAUGCACGUUCACAUCCAAAUUCCUUGACAUCAGACGAGCUGAUGGGAAUGCUCAAGGCUAACAGAGAACCCAAGGACUUCAAAGGAUGGGUUGCUUCCUACACAGAAUGGAAGAUCCUGUACACUCUUUGCAAGGAUAAGGAUGGUUUGCUUCACAAGGAUACAAUUAGAGCUGUCUAUGAUGGAAGCUUAUUUGAACGCAUGGAGAAGGAAAGAGCAUCACCCAAAAAGACAGCCGUUGUGUAAGAAAAGGAAUUAUAUAUAUAUAUGCUUGGAUCCUGUUCCGCUGGCCAUAUUACUUCAAGGAAGGUGUUUGAUUUCAGAAUGUAGAUUAGAGAUUGUUGAAAGUGUAAUUUGAUGUUUGCUUUGUUGGGACACACACACACACAGCCCUUCUUUAUCAUAAAGUAAAAGUAGAUACAAUUAUGCUGAGCUAGGAGAUGCUUAAGGCAUAUAUAUGGCAAUAUGCAUGCCAACUAUCAUGAAAUUUCUGUAAUACGUAUCUCAGCAGCCCUGUAUAUCAUUUGGA